GCUCGGUCGGAAUCGUUAUUAGCUCGGCCGCACGUGCUUUCCAAGCGACUUUUAUCAGUACGCACUUUAUUUAGCCUUACCUAUGUGAGUGUUUUUAGCUCCCAAGUGCAUUAGUAGUGCAUCCGAUAAAUAAACUGUAACGCAGAGAUUAUGCAUCUGAAAUCGGUUUUAUCAAAUCUAUUGCUUCUUUGCGCGUUCUCAUUGAGGCUCAGAACAAUAUUUGCGGCAUGUGACAGUUUGGAGUUCGAGUGUGAUAACGGCAGCUGCAUUUCGCAGUUUAAUGUCUGCAAUGGCGAAAAGAAUUGUCCGGAUGGAUCCGAUGAAACGGCCUUGACUUGUGUUUCCCAGCGACAGCACUGCUCCAAACCCUAUUUCCAGUGCACGUAUGGAGCGUGUGUGAUCGGGACAGCGGGCUGCAAUUCACAGAAGGAGUGUGCCGAUGGCUCCGACGAAACGCUGUUGCGUUGCGGCAACGAAGAUGAUAUACGCCAGUACGAUCGACGUCUUCAGGGCAAUUGCCAGGAUAAUGAGUUCAAGUGCCCCUCUGGAAUUUGCCUGGACAAGGGCAAUUUUCUGUGCGACGGCAAGGACGACUGUGCGGAUGGAACGGGCUUCGAUGAAUCCGUGGAACUGUGCGGUCAUAUGGAAUGUCCGGCGUACUCCUUCAAGUGCGGAACUGGUGGCUGCAUUUCGGGCUCGUUGUCCUGCAACGGGGAGAACGACUGCUAUGAUGGCUCCGAUGAGGCUCCUUUGCUGUGCAACACGACCAGGAAGGUCACAACACCCUCGCCCGUUGAGACGCCGCUGGAGCUGGUUGGAUGCCCUCUGCCUAUAGGCGAGGAAAGACCCAUCUUGACUGGUGAUGGAAACCGUCUGAUAACUGGAGCCGUCACCCGCGGAACUGUGCGCUUCUCCUGCCAGAAGGGUUUUGUGUUGGAAGGUGAGGAGACCAGCUACUGUGCCACGAGGAAGUGGAGUACUUCCACGAUCCCCAAAUGCGUGAAAUACUGCAGCACCUCCGGCGAAUUCGAUGGCUACUCCACCAAGGCCUUGUGCACCCACAAUGGACAGCAGGUGGACUGCCGCAAACCCUUCCAUCCACCCGGAACGGAAGUCAAGUUUGUCUGCUCCACGGGAUUCAAGACCCUAAGCAGUCUGCCGGAAAUGAGGUGCAUGAAGGGUGGCUACUGGAACAGAGGUCGUCAGCGAUGCGAACAGGAUUGCGGUCAGAUAGCCACGCCCACCAAGAGCUUCUCUGCCAACGGAUAUACCAUCAACAACACGGUUGUGCCCUGGCAUGUGGGCCUAUAUGUGUGGCACAACGAGAAGGACUACCAUUUCCAGUGCGGGGGAUCGCUGCUCACCCCGGAUCUCGUCAUAACCGCCGCCCAUUGCGUAUACGACGAGGGCACCCGGCUGCCCUAUAGCUACGAUACAUUCCGGGUGAUCGGGGCCAAGUUCUAUCGCAACUACGGGGAGACCACGCCGGAUGACAAGCGGCGGGAUGUGAGACUCAUCGAAAUACCACCUGACUAUAAGGGCAGGACAGAUAACUAUUUCCAGGAUCUGGCCCUGCUGACCCUCGACGAGCCCUUCGAGCUGAGCCACGUGAUCCGGCCCAUUUGCGUCUAUUUCGCCACCUUUGCGGAGAAGGAGAGCGUGACGAAUGGGACGCAGGGAAAAUUCGCUGGCUGGAGCAUCGAGAAUAAACACGAGCUGCAAUUUGUGCCCGCUGUUUCCAAGUCCAACUCCGAUUGCCGCCAGAAUCUGGGGGACAUUCAGGCGGACAAGUUCUGCAUCUUCACGCAGGGCAAAUCGCUGGCCUGCCAGGGCGACAGUGGCGGCGGAUUUACCGCCGAGCUGAAGACCAACACCUUCUCCUCCCGUAGUGCCGCUCGCUAUUUCCUCUGGGGGGUAAUCAGCAAUGCGCCCAAUGCAGAUCAGUGUGCCCACAGUCUCACUGUAAUGACCAAUAUCCAGUACUUCGAGGACAUGAUCCGAAAUGCGAUCAACAGAAGCGUGGAGACCAGGUCCUGAGUCCUGUAUCAAAUUUAGCUCCCUUGCGAUUAUAAUAGAUUUAUAGGCAGAGAUUCGGCGGCCAUAUUUUUUUGUUCCCCAGCCAAUGCUAGUUUAAGAUAUAAGAAAAAUAAUAAAACAAAUAAAACUAGUCCCAAAAA